GGUACACCUACACAGUAGGCGGCCAGACCGGCCUUGGAAUCCCUCAGCUACCUCGCCGUCGUCGCCCAUGAGGCAAGCCGGCACGGCGGCGCCUGACACCAAACGCACUCGCUCGGCCUCGUCCCCCCGGCCGCGACACGUCUCGGCGCGGCGGUCGCGCAGGCCAUCGUGUUCGUGUCCCCGGCCGCGCCGACGAAAGCCCCUGGCCGCGCGUCACCACCGCGCCUUUUGUGGGUGGCCUGUGCCGCGCGCACCCGGAGCAGCUAGCGUGUGCUCUUGUAGCCAGACGUGCACCGGAGAAAAAGGGGGCCCGCGUUUCUCGCCUCGCCUCCUCCUCCUCCUCCUCUCGCGGCGGUCUCGCCGAGUCGCCAUCGCCGAUCCCGCACCCGGCCACCCCGACCGCCCAACUCGCGAGGAAAGGGAAGGGAAGGGACGGGGAAGCGAGCUCAAAUCCCCAGAUUUUCGUCCCGUCAUUUUGAACGCGCGGCACUGGGACAAGGCACGCUUGUCGCCAACCAACCAACCACGGCGACCGCUGCCGGAGCCGCACGCCAAUCCCGGCCGCUCGCUCGCGCGCCGCCGCCCGCUCGGUUGGGCGCCGCCGCUCCGGUCUGAAUCGGCGCGCGUUGUUCGGCGCCGUCCGCCGGGUUCUCGGUUUCGGUUCGGUUGGGAGCUCGCGGUCCGGUGGAGGAGGAGGGCGGCGGGGGCGCAAUGGUGGACGUGGGGAGCCGGGUUCAUGGGUUCCUGCGGAACCGGUGGCUGGUGUUCGUGGCGGCUAUGUGGAUGCAGUCCUGCGCGGGGGUGGGGUACCUCUUCGGCAGCCUCUCGCCGGUGAUCAAGAGCUCGCUGGGGUACAACCAGCGCCAGGUGGCCGGGCUCGGCGUCGCCAAGGACCUCGGCGACAGCGUCGGCUUCCUCGCGGGGACGCUCUGCGCGCUGCUCCCGCUCUGGGCCGCGCUCCUCGUCGGCGCCGCGCAGAACCUCGUCGGCUACGGAUGGGUCUGGCUCGCCGUCACGCGACGGGUCCCCGUGCCACCGCUCUGGGCGAUGUGCAUUCUAAUCUUCAUUGGUAACAAUGGUGAGACGUACUUCAACACUGCUGCACUCGUCUCGUGUGUUCAGAACUUCCCCAAGAGCCGUGGACCAAUUGUUGGUAUCCUCAAGGGAUUCGCUGGGUUAAGUGGCGCAAUUCUGACACAAAUCUAUGCAAUGAUAAACUCGCCUGAUGAUGCUGCACUGAUCUUCAUGGUUGCCGUUGGCCCAACAAUGGUAGUUAUAGCUUUAAUGUUCAUUGUAAGACCAGUUGGAGGUCACAGGCAAAUACGGCCUUCUGAUGGCACAAGUUUCACAUUUGUAUACAGCGUCUGCUUGCUCUUGGCCGCUUAUCUGAUGGGCGUCAUGCUACUUGAAGACCUUGUCGACCUAAGCCAGUCAAUGACUGUCUUGCUGACCAUCAUUCUAAUCAUCUUUUUAUUAGUUCCAAUAGUCAUCCCAGUGCUACUCAGCUUCUUUUCAGAUGAUGAUGAUACUUUGUAUGCACUAUUACUGCCAUCACCUCGGAAAGAAGAACCAAGUGCAUCAACAUCUUCUGAGGAGCAACAAGAGGUUAUACUCAGUGAACUGGAGGAUGAAAAACCAAGGGAUGUUGAUCUUCUUUCUGCCUCAGAGAGGCAAAAAAGGAUUGCAGCAUUGCAGGCAAGGCUGUUUCAGGCAGCUGCUGUUGGUGCAGUGAGGGUUAAGAGGAGGAAAGGUCCACGACGAGGUGAAGAUUUCACACUGAUGCAAGCGCUCAUCAAGGCAGAUUUUUGGCUUCUAUUUUUCUCCCUUUUAUUGGGCUCUGGAUCCGGUCUCACUGUGAUUGAUAAUCUUGGGCAAAUGAGCCAGUCAUUGGGUUACGAUGAAACCCACAUUUUUGUGUCGAUGAUUAGCAUUUGGAACUUCCUUGGUCGCAUCGGGGGUGGUUACUUCUCAGAGAUUAUUGUCAAAGAUUAUGCAUAUCCUAGAGCAAUUGCAUUAGCUAUAGCUCAAGUUUUGAUGGCAAUUGGGCACUUCAACUUUGCAAUGGCUUGGCCUGGGACAAUGUACAUCGGCACACUGCUUGUUGGAAUUGGCUAUGGCGCUCACUGGGCCAUUGUGCCAGCCGCUGCCUCUGAACUGUUUGGGGUGAAAUAUUUUGGAGCACUAUACAAUUUCCUCACUGUUGCAAAUCCAGCAGGCUCCCUGGUAUUCUCGGGGAUUAUUGCCAGUGGCAUCUAUGACGCUGAAGCUGCAAAGCAGGCUCAGCAGCGCCACAACUCCACAUUGUUGGCAAUGCCUGCUAGAGUGGUUAGCAUGAUAUCUGAAGCUGCUCCAUCACUGAAGUGCGAGGGUGCCAUCUGUUUCUUCCUCUCAUCCCUGAUCAUGUCCGGGUUCUGCAUCAUUGCUGUUAUUUUGAGCUUGAUCCUGGUCUAUCGGACAAAAAUUGUAUACACAAAUUUAUACGGGAAGCCGCGUACUUGAAAGAUCAAUUCUUAAGGGCUAAAGGGCAUGAUAUAGUUUCAGAGUUUUGAAUUCAGGCUAUAUGAUAUCCCGGCAUGGUGUUGGCCUUCAAGUUGUUCUGGACCACGUUUGAUAAGCCUGGAACUCUUAGAGUGGCCGAAGUUGCUCCCAAGCAGCAUCCAAGUUUGUGGCUGCAGAUGAGAUCAUGGGGGUGCUGGGUACGAGUACAACAUCGUGAAAAUGUAUGAAAGCUAAUGGUUGAAUUGUGCCUUUUGCUUGAAUUUUGCUGUAUUUAGUUGGAAAAUAUUGUAUACACGUGUAAUAAGCUGGAGAUCUUUCUAUGUUCCCUCACACUGGGAAAGGCAUUCUUUCUUAUUAGUUAAAAAAAUUCGUAAUAUAGAAACAUGUACAGAAUCAGGAAAAUUGUAUGAAUGAAUCGUGCCCCCCUGGUUUCUCUGAGCUAUUUGAUUCAGA